UCCACGGCACAAACAUCGUUGCAGUGUGCGAAAGCCUCGAGCGUCUUUCGGUAGGCGCGUAUCGAGGAGAUGCAGCACGACAUAUACCGCCCCGGUGGUUAUCGAGAUCGCGAUGACGUCCGCGAUUCGUACGACCGUGGACCAGGUCAUUACAACCGUCGCGAUGACCGAUAUGACAGUAGACGUGACGACCAAAGGCACCCGUAUGAAUGGUACAGAUCGCGCUCACAAUCGCGCUCACCUCCGCAUCGACGCGCACAUUCUCCACGUCCCCGAGCCACCGACAUGUAUCGUUUCGGAGGCGACAAUCGCCAGAGUGGAGUUAAUGGCCUGAACGAUCAUGGACAGCGCGGUGACUUCACGUUUCGCAGUGGACAACAGCGCGAGUUUCGAUCUGGCCAACCUCCUUCGCGUGAACCGCCACGGGGGCCGAGACGUCAGCGCACCAGAGAUGAUCGGCGUGCGCAGGGGAAGUCUCACUUUCAGACACGAAGACACGGUCCCCAGCCUGCGCAUGAGCGUAAAAUCCUACACGCAGACAAUGAUAAAGAAGGUACACCAGAGAGGCUGACCGGCAUGGCCGAAGGGAUUUCGCGCUUCAAGACAGUAGACGAUCUGUUUGAGAGCGAGUCCGAAGGAGAGGCAGCCAUGGACUUGGAGAACCCUGUCAAUGGUAACGAUGACGAGCCGUCGGCCAAGCGAACAAGAACUGAUGGUGACAAUUCGGCUCCGGGAGAGAAACCCAAGUGGUCGAAUCCUGAUCCGUACUACCUGAUACCACCUCUCGACGAAUCACGGGGGAAGCGGAAGGACGUGGUUCAGCUCAUCCGCAAAGCCAAAGUUGAGAUUGAUAGAGUUGCUUCUGCAGUCCCGGCCAACGCUGUUACCCAAAAUGCUGACUUCAUUGGCUUUGGUGAUGAUGACAAUGAGGAUGCUGAUGCAGAUGAGGAAAGCUCAACUAAGGAACCAUCUGAGGAAGGUGAAGUUGAUUCCGACGAGCAAUUGGCCGCCGAUCCUGCUAAUUCUACCACCAUGGGAGCCUCAACCUCGAGCAGUUCAAAAUCACAUUUUAGCCAUCUUCGAAAUCUCCACCAAAUGCCAGCUCCAAAGCCUUCCCAAGAUUUGAAUGCUCUGGCUUCAGCACCGCAGGUUACGACUAAGGGAUCGGAAGAGGCUUUAGAUGAAGCCCGCGAGCUACUAGCGGAAAUCAACGCCGAGGAUGAUGCCGCACUGCAGUUACAUGGACACGUUUCGACAAAACACGGCAAAAAGAGGAAGCUUGGGGCAGAUGGUGAGAUAACAGACUCUUGGGCAGCUAAAGACCGUGCCUCAUCGGUACCAUGGUAUAUUGAUCACAGUGCGGUCGCUAAGACGUCCACCUGGCUUCAUAAGGAGAUCAAUGAUUUCUAUGACUUCAUCAAACCUCGUUCGUAUGAAGCAAAAAUACGGCAGGAUUUGGUGGAUAGACUUCAGCGAGCACUUCAAUCUUCAUUCAGAGGUGCGCAGGUUCAUCCAUUUGGUUCAUACGGUCAAGGCAUCUUCUUGCCAACGUCAGACAUGGAUCUCGUGCUUCUUUCUCCAGAGUUCCAACGGACGGGCUACCCUAGCUUUAACAAGAGUACCUUGUAUCGCAUCAGGAACCUACUCACGCGCUCACGCAUCUCGUCGGAGCAAAACAUCACGGUGAUCGCCAGGGCAAAGGUUCCAAUCAUCAAAUUUGUCGAUACACUGACCGGUUUGAAUUGCGAUCUUUCGUUAGACAACGAUAGUGGCCUAAAGGCCUUGACAACAUUCGGCAAGUGGCAACGCACGUGGCCAUUCUUACCCAAGCUGCUCAGUGUGCUUAAGCAAUGGCUGCUUAUGAGAGGUGUGAAUGAGGUUUACACUGGCGGACUAGGCGGAUUCUCUCUGACUUGCAUGCUUGUGAGCAUGUUGCAAAUGCAAGCCGAUGGUCAGACCACCAAUCUUGAAGACACGCCGUGCUUGGGCCAAUUGUUACUUCAAUUCUUUGAUCUCUACGGCAAUAAAUUCAACAUGAACAAAGUCGGUAUAUCUUUGAAUCCGGCAGAGUAUAUAAACAAGGCUAAGUACGGCAUCGGGAAAGACGAUAGAUGGACCAUUAUCGAUCCUCAUAAUCCGAGCAAUGACCUUUCCAUUGGCUCAUCACAGGCUCGUCUGAUCCAAAGGAAAUUUUCGGAGACUUAUUCUAUCCUGAUCAGAACGAUGAGAUCCUUGGAAGUUGCAGGCCCUGUUCUUCGCAAAGGUCAAACACUCCUUGGCUUGAUAAUCGGCGGCAAUUACGAGCGUGUUAUUCUCCAGCGGAGCAUCCUUCGCGAGGUUUACGGGAAGAACUUUGGCCCUGUUGACGAACCUGAGACUCCGGCCACUUCAAAUUUACUGCCGUGACGACUUCUGACAACUGUUAGCCUGUAUGCGACUGUAUAGUUUGAUGUACAAUUCGUUGGAAGCUUUCAUGUAACAUCACGCAUUUGGCUUUAUCGACCGCAAUUUGGUACUGUAAGGGACACAUGGAGUUUCGGAAGGCUGGUUACGCUAUGAGAUACCCAGUACGACUCAUGGGCGAGUCCAAAACACAUCAACAUAGAAGAGGUAGCAUUGAGAAAAUGGUGGCUAGGAGAGUGCGGACUGGCAUGUUCAAUGCACGUUACGCGAUCAUAUGUUGGAGGCACAUUUUCCGACAAUGCUGACCAGACAAAAGGCGUCCAGUCGAAUGCAAGUGUCGCACACACUGUAGACGUAACUGACGAGCCGAGGACCGACUGCGAUGACUGACGACGAUUGACUCUCGGGCCUCGUUCUCGUUUGUUUCUUAUCUUGGACCUAACGUGUAGCGUACAUUUUUCCAUUGUUUUUUUUUAUUAUUUUCCUCGACUGCCGCGAACAAGAACCAUGUAAUGUGCCUUCGUAGGUACUUUUGCCAGACUUACACUAACUCUUACGAUACGUCACAGGGUGAUGAGCCUAGAAUGAUAACCAAUGAUUG